AUGAUGACGCUUGAUACUUCAUUGUUUCCAUCGCCUUCUUUGACUGAUGUUUUUGUUCAUAUUAUUCUAACAUUAAUUACUACAGCGGUUUGGGUACACACAUAUCGACAUCGGUCUUUUACAUUUCUUGCUUUGGCAAUGUUUUUUCCAACUCUUUUCGCAGUUCUUAUUCAUAUUUAUCAUAGUUCUCUGACUGACUUUGUGUCAUUCUUAUUACUAAAGCCACAAUGGUCAACGUUCAACUGGUCGAUAUGUUGCGUUUUAUUACCUGUCGUUACCGUAUUGGUUUGCUGUUUAAUGAACUAUUUAAUCGGUUGGGGUACACUCCGUCGGCAAAAUGAAUUGUUUACAUCAAUACAUGAACAUAAUCGAAAUUUAUUCUUUGGAUGGAUUCGUGCAUUGGGAGAAGAAAUAGGCUGGCGAUCUUAUCUUUUACCCGGUUUAUUGACUCACUUCCAUCCGAUCAUUGCCUUGAAUAUCAGUGGACUCGUUUGGGGUUUAUAUCACGUACCUGUCAUGAUUCUUCUGGCAUAUCAUUCUCAAUCCAAAGUUCAACAUCCAAUUCGUACUAUUCUUGUUCAAUGUGCAUCGUGUUGGAUUUCAGCAAUUACCUACGGAUGGAUUGGGAUGCAGUGUCGAUAUUCAAUGAUUCCACCAACGAUGAUACAUUUCAUUUGGAAUCGAGUUAAUCCGUUUCUAUUAGGUUCCAUUUAUACGAAUACACCGGGAUGGAUGAACGGUGAACAGUGGAAAAUCAACGGCGAGGGAUUGAUGGGAUGUAUUAUUUAUCUCGUCUUAGCAAUUAUAAUUCUCGUCCAAUUUGUCUAA